UCUCAGUGCGUUCACAUCGUUUAACAGAAGGAAUUGUUUGUGGAAUAAAAGAGGAAAAAUAUAAGAAAAUAAUAACAAAAAAAAAAAGAGCGGCGUAUUGCAAAAAAUCAGAGUUAUUAACGUUUUGAUAAAAAUUUUUAAAUAUCGAGUUAUUAUUUCCGUGUCUCUUGACGUGUUCAGUUGGGGCACUAUAUUCUAAUUAUUAUUAUUACUGUUGCGGUUAUUUAUUAAAAAUAUUGGAAUAAGAUAACAAAAUGACAGCAUACGAUGUAUCAAAUAAAGAUGAACAAAAAUCAAAAUCAAUCAGUUACUUUAGUUUAUUUCGUUUUGCAACAUCAACAGAAAUUUUCUUAUUAUUUUUAGCAUUUUUUGUAACAAUUAUAAAAGCAUUAACAUUACCAAUUAUGAUUAUUGUUUAUAGUGAAUUUACAUCAAUGUUAGUUGAUCGAACAUAUGGUAGUGGUACAUCAUCAAAAACAUAUUUAUUACCAUUAUUAGGAGGUGGACAAAUUUUAACAAAUGCAACAGCUGAAGAAAAUGACGAUGCAUUAUAUUAUGAUUCAAUGGCAUAUGGUGGUCUUUUUUUUAUAUUUUCAACAAUAAUGUUUUUAACUGGUAUUGCUGGUGUUGAUUUAUUUAAUUAUGUUGCAUUAAAACAAGUUGUACGUAUACGUAUAAAAUUAUUUCAAUCAGCUAUAAGACAAGAUAUUGGAUGGCAUGAUAUGACAAAAGAUCAAAAUUUUGCACAAAAAAUUACAGAUGAUAUUGAAAAAAUAAGAGAAGGUAUUGCUGAAAAAUUAUCACAUUUUAUAAAUUUAAUUGGUGGUACAUUAAUAACAAUGAUUAUAUCAUAUAUUUAUGGUUGGAAAUUGGCAUUAUCAUUAAGUAUUUAUAUUCCAAUAGUUAUUUUAACACAUUAUUAUGUAUUAAAGUAUCAAAGUAUUUUAACAUCACGUGAAUUAAAUUCAUUUGCAAAAGCUGGAAAUUUAUUAGAAGAAAUUUUGAGUUCAGUACGUACAGUUGUUGCAUUUGGUGGUGAAAAAAAAGAGGUUGAACAUUAUGGUACACUAUUGGUAUCGGCAAGAAAAGCUAGUGAAAGAAAAGGAGCAUUUAGUGGAUUUGGUGAAGGUGUAUCACGUUUAUUAAUGUUUAUAUGUUGUUCUGGUGCAAUAUGGUAUGGAAUACAUUUAAUAAUUGAUGAUCGUGAUAAAACAGUAAAAGAAUAUACACCAGCUACAAUGCUUAUUGCAUUCUUUGGUAUUGUUGUUGGUGCUGAUAAUAUUGCAAAAAGUUCACCAUUUUUAGAAGCAUUUGGUACAGCAAGAGGUGCUGCAAUUGAAGUAUUUAAAAUGAUUGAUUUAAAAUCAAAAAUUGAUCCGUUAUCAACUACCGGAAAAAUUUCUAAUAUUGAAUCAAAAGGUAUUAUUGAAUUUGAAGAUGUAUUCUUUCGUUAUCCAUCCAGGCAAGAUAUUAUAAUAUUAAGAGGAAUAUCAAUAAAUAUUGAAAGUGGUCAAACUGUUGCAUUAGUUGGUUCAUCUGGUUGUGGAAAAUCAACAUGUAUACAAUUAAUUCAAAGAUUUUAUGAUCCAGAUUUUGGACAAAUAAAAUUAGAUGGUUUAGAUAUUAGAAAAUAUAAUUUAAAUUGGUUACGUUCAAAUAUUGCUAUUGUUGGACAAGAACCUGUAUUAUUUUUUGGAACAAUAGUUGACAAUAUUAGAAGUGGUAAAACAUCUGCAACUGAUAAAGAAGUUGAAGAGGCUGCAAAAUCUGCUGGUGCUCAUAAUUUUAUAAUUAAUUUACCACAUGGUUAUCAAACGAAAAUUGGUGAAAAAGGUACACAAUUAUCUGGUGGACAAAAACAAAGAAUUGCAAUUGCACGCGCUCUUAUACAAAAUCCAAAAAUAUUAUUAUUAGAUGAAGCAACAUCAGCACUUGAUUAUGAAUCUGAAAAAUUAGUACAACAAGCAUUAGAUUUGGCAAGUAAAGGACGUACAACAAUUGUUGUAUCACAUAGAUUAUCAGCAAUUAAAGGUGCCGAUAAAAUCGUAUAUAUUGAUCAUGGCAAAGUUUUAGAAGAAGGAACCCAUGAUGAAUUAAUGCAAUUAAAUGGUCAUUAUAAUAAAAUGGUUUCAUCAAUUGAUUUGGAUAUAAAAAAUAAUGAAAAUGUUGAUAAUAUUGAAGAUGAUUUAGAUUUAUAUAAAAAAACAUUUGAUUUAGAUACAAAAAAUUUAAAUUAUAAUAUUAUGAAUAAAAAGAAAAGUAUAAUAUCAAAUUCAUCUAGCUUAAAAAAUUUCGAAGCAAUACAAAAUUAUCAAUCUACUGAUGAUCUUGAAAAUAUAAAACGUGCAAAUGUAUCAAAAGUUUUUCAAAGAAUAUUAAGUAUAUCAAAACCAGAAUGGGGUUAUUUAUUUUUAGGAAUAAUUGGAGCUGCUGGUGUCGGUUCCUCAUAUCCAUGUAUGACACUAUUAAUGGCUGAAUUUUAUAAAACAUUAGCAAAUCCAGAUCCAGAUGAUGCUAUCAAUCAUAUUAGAAUAUUAUCAAUAUUAUUUUUAGUAUUAGGUUUUGUAUUCGGUUUAACAUGUUUUAUGCAAACUUAUUUAUUUAAUUUAUCUGGUUGUAGAUUAUCAUCAAGAUUAAGAUUAGAGACUUUUAAAUCAAUUAUAAAACAAGAAAUGAGUUGGUUUGAUAAAGAUGAAAAUAGUGCUGCAUCAUUAUCGGCACGUUUAUCUGGUGAUGCAUCAAGUGUACAAGGUGCAUUAGGUUUUCCAUUAAGUGGUAUUAUACAAGCAGUAACAACAUUUACAAUAAGUGUUACAAUUGCAUUUUAUUUCUCAUGGAAUUUAACAUUAUUAUGUUUAGUUUGUACACCAUUUAUUGUUGGAUCUGUUAUUGUUGAAUAUCGGAUUAAUGAGAAAACAGCAAUUAAAUCAAAAAAAAUUUUAGAAGAUGCAAGUCGUGUUGCAACUGAAGCAAUUAUUAAUAUUAGAACAGUUGCUGGUUUAAGACGUGAAAAAUAUGUUAUUGAAAAAUUUGAAAAUGAAAUGUAUAAUGUACAAAAUAUUUUAAGAAAAAAAUUACGUUUUCGCGGUCUUAUCAAUUCAUUUGGUCAAACAAUAAUGUUUUUUGGUUAUACAUUUGCUUUAGCAUAUGGUGGAAUAUUAGUAUCAAAAAGAGAAAUUGAUUUUCAAAAUAUUUUAAAAGUUUCAGAAACCCUACUGUAUGGUUCAAUGAUGUUAGCACAAUCAUUAGCAUUUUCACCAGCAUUUGGUGCAGCAUUAUUUGCUGGUAAUCGUCUAUUUAAAUUAAUUGAUAGAACACCAAAAAUAAGAUCACCGAUACCAAUUGAUAAAAAUCGUGCAAUAUCAAAUAGUUUUCAAGGUGUUGAAUAUAAAAAUAUCAAUUUUCGUUAUCCAACCAGACCGGAAGCACAAAUUUUAAAAAAUCUUAAUUUACAAAUAUUUAAAGGUAGAACAGUAGCAUUUGUUGGUCAUUCUGGUUGUGGUAAAUCAACAUGUAUACAAUUAUUACAAAGAUUUUAUGAACCAGAAACUGGUAAAAUUAAUAUCGAACAUGGUAAUAUAUCAACUGAUAUGACAUUAGAAAAAUUACGUUCAAAUCUUGGUAUUGUAUCACAAGAACCAAUAUUAUUUGAAAGAUCAAUUGCUCAAAAUAUUGCAUAUGGUGAUAAUUCACGUAUUGUAACAAUGGAUGAAAUUAUUGAUGCUGCAAAACAAGCAAAUGCACAUAAUUUUAUAACAUCAUUACCAAAUGGUUAUGAAACAAAUUUAGGAUCACGUGGUACACAAUUAUCUGGUGGUCAAAAACAAAGAAUUGCUAUUGCUAGAGCAUUAGUUAGAAAUCCAAAUAUAUUAUUGUUAGAUGAAGCAACAUCAGCUUUAGAUUUACAAAGUGAAAAGAUUGUUCAAUCAGCUCUAGACUCAGCAUGUAGUGGUAGAACAUGUAUUAUUAUUGCUCAUCGUUUAUCAACUGUACAAAAUGCUGAUUUAAUAUGUGUUUUCGAAAAUGGUAAAAUUGCUGAAUUGGGCAAUCAUCAACAAUUGUUGGCAGAAAAUGGUUUAUAUUAUAAGUUAUAUACAACGCAGCCAAAUUUAUCAUAAAAAUAAGAGAAAAAAUAUGUAUAUAUAUGAUAAAUAUAUAUAAGAGUGUGUGAUACACGUGUAUUGUAUAUGCUUGUAUGUAUAUUUUAAAAAGAAAGUAUUAUUAUUAUAGAAUUUCAAUUUUGAACAAA